AUGGCGGAAACGAUAGAGCCGACCAACACGUCGGGGGAGCCGCCCAACCCGGCUCCUGAGUCGACCGAUAUACCCUCUGCCGACACCACUGAACCAACGGCGGACACAUCGCUUCCGCCAAUAGACACGUCGCUCCCUCCAAUCGAUGCCACGAUGCCGGCAAUGGACGACCACUUACCUAGCCUAGAUCACGCCCUCCCCCCGAUAGACGCGACGAUACCGUCUUUGCCGCCUAUUGACACUUCGCUGCCCCCGCUGGACACCACCUUGCCGGCUACGGACACGAAUCUAACGGGUGGGGAGCCCGACUUCUCCUUCGACACCAAAUCUUUGAACGACGGUCAUGGGUCAGAGGCUACAAAUUCGGUGCAUGGGACCAGCUACGAUUUUACCGAACAGUCGGGCCAGUCUUCGACUCCGGCUCCUACGUACCAUUCUCCCGCGAAUGGCACCCACCUGCAGUCGGCGCAGCAACAAUCGCAAACGCCACAGGGUCAGCCCCAACAGCCACAGCCGCAGUAUCAUCAACAGUAUGCGCAGCACUCGCCCUCCCAGCAUGCCCCACAGCAGCACCAGCAACAUGCGCAGGGACAGUCCCAGCAGUAUCAGCAGCACCAGCAGAGUCCUGAUAUGUACAACAGCCACCAGGGUCAUUCAACAUCGAUGAACACCCCUUCGAUGCAGACGAUGGAUCCCCACGGACAAUCCUCGCAGAUCCCACAGGCUCCUAUUGGCUCCCCGAUGCCCUCCAACAUGCCCCCGAUGGCCUCGGUGGGCCAGUAUAUGACCGGAUACCCGACCAACGUCGGACAGAUGGGGAUGAGCACGAAUGCGCAGAUGCGCUACCAGUUACCUGGAGACCCAAACAAGCUGCUGUCGGGGGGGAGGCAUAAAAAAGAGGUGAAGCGACGGACGAAGACGGGGUGUCUCACAUGUCGUAAGCGACGAAUCAAGGGGUAUGGGAGGGGAGAUUGGGGGAGGGGAGGAAGCCGUGUGAAGGGAGCGGGGAGAAGAGUCGAGGCGGCGGGCCACAAAAACAUGCUGCGGCGUUUCGCUUGCACUCCCGCUUUGUGCAGACCGACCAACCCCACCUGUCGCUUGUUGUUGUUGCGCCCACUCGCCUAUCGCUACUCCCCGCCCGUGCAUACUCUCUGCCUUUUUUUGUCGCCUCCCUUCGUUGCUUCCCUCGGAUCUUUUUAUUUACCUCUAUUCUCUAUUCUCGAGCAAGGAGGCAUCUUCUCCCGGUUGAGUCUUGCCACUAACAAAUUCACGCAGUGUGACGAAGGCCAUCCUGUGUGCCGCAACUGUGUCAAGAGCAAGCGUGAAUGCUUAGGCUACGACCCGGUGUUUAAGCAACAGCCUACCCCCUCGGCCAUUCAGCCGGCUCCCAAUCCUCAUCCUUCCCUAGUCGUCAAUCCUCAGGAUCCCUCGACGUCCUAUCCCGCCGCUCCUCCGGGCUACAUGCCAGCAGCUUCCCAACCCUUUGCCCCAUCCGAAUCGCCCGCCCCGCCGAGUGAACAAUACAACUACGGCGCCGCCAUUGAUCCGUCGCUGGACGUGAAUAACUCGUCGAACAUGGCCAGCAUCCAGCAUGCCGUGGAGGGGGGGUUGCAGCCAACGGUCAAUCCGGCCAUGACCAACACCAGUGGCACCCCGUCGGAGCCUACCAACAUCAGACUCAAACAAGUCCAUCUCAGCGAACUCCUCGCGCUCCGCGGCAUUCCUCCUCCACCCCCGCACCCGAUCACCUCCCUCCCGCCCAACCGUCUGGAAGAAAUUCAGGCCGUGUUUUUGGCAACGUAUGCCCCCGCCAUUGACAAGUUCUUCGAGACUCGCUGGUUCCAGGAGAAAGCUCUGUCACAUCUUCUGGCGAACGCACAGCUCAUGGCUGAAUACUCGGCGUUGAUCGAUGCGUUCAACGAUCCCAACCUGGCCGAUCCCAAUGUGCUCGCCCGGCUGGAGAGCUUCGAAGCGUCGGUGGUCUGGAGCUCCAUGACUCUGUGCCGCCACGUGAUGAACGUAUCUUCGGGGACUCAACCGGAAUACGACCUCCUGGCUGCUGCCAAGCGGUUGGAUGUUAUUGAGGCUAUGAUCACUGGUGAAUAUUUGGACGCCAACCCCUUGGGGCAGUUCCCGACCCGGGAGCCCGCCGCAAACCCUCCUUCUCUGCCCGACCAGCUGAUGCAGCGGUCGUUGGAUUUCUGGACCGCGAUCGGGCACUUCUUGACCCUGCACGACAACGAAGCCAGCUCUGCCAAGGAGAUUGACGACACGCUGGCACGCUGCCGCACGCUGCUGGACACAUUUGAGAACCGGGAUGUGAUCUACUCGAUUGCAAUUGCGCGCCACCUGGGCCAGCGGUGGGCGGACUUUCCCCGCAGCUUUCCACAGCCGAUCCCGACGAACGAAAAGGACGCUGGGGCGAAGUUGUAUGUGGCGCAGAAGUUCCUGGAGCAGGAGGCUGGCGGGAAAGGCACGACCCAGGUGAUCAAGCGCCUUUGCGGCAUGGUGGUGCGGUCCUGGAUUGUGUCGCGGGAGUGA